AGGAGAGGCUUCACCUCCAUUAAGUAACAGAAACUGCAGACUCGAAGCUUUCCACUGUCAUCUCAUCUCCCCGUCGCCAUUGCCAUACGAAAGCAAGCAAGCUUAAGGCUUCUUCCUUCUCAGUUGCUUCGUCUUCUUCCUCACUUCUUCCAUUCAUCUGGAGGACGAUGAUGAUGCUCAAUCACCAGUCGCAGUCCCAGAGGACGGCUCUCGUUGGCCUUCUCGCCACCCUGCUGCCGUUCUUCUUCCCCAAUCUCUUCUCCCCAUUGAGCCGCUCCUUCCCUUCCAUGUUCUCCGAAUGGAACGCCCCGAAGCCUAUGCACUCGUCCCUGCUAGAGGCCGCUCUGCUGCGCCAAAUUCCCUUCAGGCAUCAGCUCGAUCUCUGGUCUCCCUUGCCAUCCCAAGGGUGGGAGCCUUGCCCCGACUUGCAGCCAUCAACCCCAUUGCCCAAGAGUCAGGGUUACAUUCAGGUCUUUCUCGAUGGAGGUUUGAACCAGCAGAGGAUGGGGAUAUGCGAUGCAGUUGCUGUUGCUAAAAUACUAAAUUCGACCCUAGUGAUCCCGCACCUUGAAGUCAACCCUGUCUGGCAAGACUCGAGUUCAUUUGCUGAUAUAUUUGAUGUGGAUCACUUCAUCCAAGUCCUAAAAGAUGAGGUCUCUAUAGUGAGGGAGCUGCCCAGUGAGCUCUCUUGGAGCACGAGGGAGUACUAUGCUACAGGAAUUCGGGAGACAAGGAUCAAGACAGCGCCGGUUCAGGCUUCAGCUGAAUGGUACCUGGAAAAUGUCUUGCCUGUAUUGCAAAGCUAUGGUGUUGCAGCUAUUUCUCCUUUCUCACACCGUUUGGCCUUUAACAAGCUGCCCAUAAACCUCCAGCGCCUGCGCUGUAAAGUCAACUUUGAAGCAUUGGCAUUUGUCCCCCAUAUCAGGCAGUUGGCUGGGACCCUUGUGAAUCGCCUCCGCUAUCCACCAAGCCAAAGCCAAGAAACAGGGACCACGCAUCUGAAGGAGGGACAAGAGGCUAUUAGAAAUCGGCUAGGGAGCAAGUUUGUUGUCCUGCAUUUACGUUUUGACAAGGAUAUGGCUGCACAUUCUGCCUGUGAUUUUGGUGGAGGAAAGGCUCAAAAAAUGGCACUUGCAAAAUACCGUCAGGUCCUUUGGCAGGGAAGAGUAAUGAACUCCCAAUUCACUGAUGAGGAGCUGAGAUAUCAAGGGCGCUGUCCCCUUACACCUGAAGAGAUAGGCUUGUUGCUUGCGGCUUUGGGCUUCAGCAAUACAACUCGCCUCUACCUCGCUUCGCAUAAGGUGUACGGUGGAGAAGCAAGGAUCUCAACUCUGCGUAAAUUGUUCCCUCUCAUGGAAGACAAGAAGAGCCUCACAUCUCCAGAGGAGCGGGCAAAGAUCGAAGGGAAGGCUUCUCUAUCAUCAGCAGUCGACUAUUACGUAAGCAUGCAGAGCGACAUCUUCAUUUCCGCAUCCCCUGGAAAUAUGCACAAUGCACUGGUGGGGCAUCGAGCAUUUUACAACUUGAAGACGAUAAGACCGAGCAUGGGGCUGCUGGGGAAGCUGUUCCUGAACAAGAGCAUCGAGUGGUCGGAGUUUGAGGAAGCUAUUCGGGCCGGGCACUGGAAUAGACAGGGCACCAUCAGAUUGCGAAAGGAGACGCAAUCCAUUUAUACAUACCCAGCACCUGACUGCAUGUGCCGGAGCUCAUAAGUUCCUUAAACAUUUUUAAUCAGAUUCUCUCUUGAUUUGUUCUUCCGAUUCUUUAGAAAAUCUUUUCAGUGAGUGACAGUAUCCUAAUCUUAACAAAGUCUAUCAAAACCGAAAAGGAAAGUAAUUCCAUGGACCUUUGAUUAUGAAA